AAAUCUCCUCGCGUACAACCGGGAAGUAGCUGCACACCAUGUAACCUUUUAAUUAAGAAUAUUAACAAAUGCGGCUACGGCCGGACCCGAUGCCCGAUCGACGGGAGAUGCGACCGGAGCACGUGCAAUCACGUCAGUGAAUCCCUGAAUGGUGCUGCGCAGAAGUUUUCUCUCAACCCCACCCCGUCGCCGAUAAGCGCGGGACUAUAUGAAGGAUGUGUGCAACGUUGUAUUUUCCGCUGUAGCAAGGAUGACUGGCCCAUCUCUGCCCUGUCGCACCCUGUGUCUCCUAGGCUGCCGGGUAGACUGAGCGACUUGAUAUUCUCUUGCCGUUCGAGUCGUGCGAAAAUUGCAGGCCGUCGCCAUGGGGUUCUUCAGGAGCGUCCUCGCCCAGAUGAUCAUCUGCGGCAUUAUUGCGCUGCUUGGGCCAGGUCUAUGGAAUGCCAACAACUCCCUCGGUGCCGGUGGUGCCCUUGAGCCAUACCUUGUCAACGCGGGAAACUCGAUCGUUUUUGCGUUCAUGGGCAUCUUCUCGAUCCUGUCUCCCGUGUUCGUGAACUGGAUCGGAGUCAAGCAGACGCUCAUCCUGGGGACCUUGGGCUGGUCCAUCUACAGCGGCGCGCUCUACCAGAACAACCGUUUCGGCACCGAGUGGUUCGUCAUCGUGGGCGCCGUCAUCUGCGGCAUCAGCGCCGGGUUCUACUGGGCGGCCGAGGGCGCCGUGAUCCUGUCAUACCCCGAGCACCGCAAGCGAGGGCGAUACCUGGCCCUCUGGAUGGCCUUUAAGAACAGCGGCCAGAUGAUCGGAGGCAGCAUCAACCUGGGCCUGAACGCCGGCACCGCGGUCGCCGGCAAGGUGUCGUGGGUGACGCUGCUCGUGUUUGUGUGCCUGCAGGCCCUCUCCCUCCCGGUCGCGCUGCUCCUCUCCCCGCCGCACAAGGUCGAGCGCAGGGACGGCUCGCCCAUCCACGUCGAGCAGCGCACGCCCAUGCUCGAGCAGCUGCGGCGCAUCUGGACCACGGUCUCGACGCGCCGCGUCGGCCUGCUGCUGCCCGUCUUCUUUAGCUGCUGGUUCUACUGGGGCUACGGCUCCACGUUCCUGACGCUGUACUUUACCGUCCGCGUCCGCGCCUUGGCCUCCUUCCUGUCGGCCGUCACCGGCACCAUCGCCUGCAUCCUCUUUGGCGUCUUUCUGGACUCGGACAGGUUCACGGUCAAGCAGCGCCUCCGCUGGGGGUUCCUGGCCUCGUGCGGACCCUUUACGCUGAUUUGGAUCUGGGUCUUUGUCGUGCAGUACGACUUUAACAAUGCGAACCCGGGCGCGCUGGACUGGCUGAGCCCCGGGUUCGGGCGCGCGUUCGGCGCCUACAUCAUGCUAAACACCGUCGGCAACAUGGUGCAGAACUUUUUGUACUUUUUGGUCGGCACCAUCGGCGACGGCACGUCGGAGAUGAGCAGGCUGACGGGGCUGCUGAGGGGUGUGGAGAGCUGGGGACAGUGUGCUUCUUUCGGCAUCAGCAGCAGCAAGUUCAACCUACUGCACACCGUCAUUAUCAACCUCGUGCUCUGGGUGGUCAGCCUGGUACCUGCGUUCAUUAGCGUCUGGGAGGUGGAGGAGAGGAAGCACGCGGGAGCAGUCGAAUCGGCCGAGACUGAAGGCAAGGCCGAACCGGCCAGCAAAGUCGGUGUGGACGAGGAAGUAUCCAAGGUUUGACGGUGGGCUUGACGAGUUUUCAACGCCUGUACGGAGGUGCAGACGGUUGUCUCCCGUGAGCACCAGAAUUUAGGUACAAAAUUCAAAAGCUUUUACUUUAUUUACUUGCCAUUGGAACACAAAAGCGAGACCAUACCCACUUUGCUC